AUGGAAAAGAGCUGCAAAAUCAGUAGAUUGAAGGAUCGUGGUGGGAUUCUGCUGUUGAUGCUCAUCUUUGUGAUGGCUCGAAGUAUCCCUCCUUUUGUGGCUCCUGGUAUGUGUUGCAGAAAUGAUUCAUGCUCGCGGCUCGGGGUCGAGUGCUCUGACGGAAAGGUUGUUGUCCUCAACUUGAAAGAUCUCUGUCUUGGAGGAACUCUGGCACUGGAGAUUGAGAACCUCGCCCAUAUUAAGUCCAUUAUCUUACGCAACAAUACUUUCUCUGGGUUCAUUCCUGAAGAGAUCAGAGAGCUCAAGGAGUUGGAGGUGUUGGAAUACUUGGUUUCUUGUUGGUUGUGCGGCUUACUUGACAACAACGGGCUACUAACUGCACUGUCACCUGAAGUCUGCGAGUUCAUUUCCGAAGCUCAAGUUGAUGAAAACCUGUUAUCUGCUUCUCUAGAAAGGAAUGCAGACAGUAUUCAAGGUCCGCAUUUCAUUCAUGAGAGAGUGCUUGCUGGGACAUCCCCUGAAAGUUCUAAUUCACCAGACAGACGAAACCGUGAUCGACCGCCGCCACUAGUAUCCCCCUCCCUGUCCCCGUCCUCAUCCCCUUCUACGUCCCCGACUGCAUCCCCAUCCCCAACCCGGCCCUCAUCCCCUCUGCCCUCUCCUCAGGCCUCUAAAACGAAAAAAGUGCUGCUCAUCGGUGCCUCUGUUGGGGGAUCUGCGUUAUUGUUCUUGAUCAUACUUGGCGUAUACGUCUACAGGCGGGACAAAGGUACUAUGGUCAAACCUUGGGCCACAGGCUUAAGGGGACAGCUCCAGAAAGCAUAUGUAGCAGGUGUCCUGAAGUUGAAGAGAUCGGAGCUCGAAAUAGCAUGCGAAGACUUCAGCAACGUGGUCAGGACUUCCUCAAUGGGCACAAUAUACAAAGGGACUUUGUCCAGUGGGGUCGAAAUAGCUGUGGCCUCUGUUGCAGCCAAAUCUGCCAAUGAUUGGUCAAAAGACCUCCAAGCACAGUUCAGAAAGAAGUUUCCCUGCAGGUUUCAUCUUUGGGGCAGCCUCUUCUUCAUACCAAGCAAUUACGAGGGUGCAGCUAAUGAAGAUGGAAGAGGACCUAGCAGUUGGGACUAUUUCACCCACACGUACCCAGGUGAAAUUAUCUUUGAUCCAGAGAUCGAGAAGACCGCAAGGACGAAUCGGAGAGCCAAAAGGCUAGUCGACGAGCUCGUGGAGCCAACCUCUUCUUUCAACGACAGUGAGAGUGAAGAAGAACAAGAAUUGACUACAACCACAAUGGCUAGAGAACGAACAUGGAGGGAGCUAGCAACUCCUGACUUGAACCAACAACCAUUGUGUAUUACAUACCCAGAAACAGAGGCCGCCUUCGAGCUGAAAUCAGGGCUGAUACACCUUCUACCUACCUUCCACGGACUUUCAGGAGAGGACCCACAUAGGCAUCUCAAGGAGUUCCACACCGUGUGCUCCACGAUGAAACCCCGAGGGGUGACAGAGGAGCAGAUUCAGAUGAGAGCUUUUCCUUUUUCCUUAGCAACUCUGACGACCUUGUCUCGAGGGAAAUGGUCUCCAGAGCAAAACUCACAGCCUUUGGCUGUGAAAAGACGAGAUUUAGGCCGAAUUCCAUCGUUUAGGGUCUCAAACGGACAUUUUUAUGAUAUUUUGGUGUUUUUACAAUUUUAGGAAAAGUUUAUGUCUUUCGUGGAAUUUUGGCGUUUUUAAUUCUAUUUAAGCAUUGUAAAACCCUAGGGUUAAGAGAGUUGUUUUUUAUCAAUUAAUAAAAAUUGGAGCUUUCGUGCUUUUUGCCCAA